AUGUCCGAUAAUUGUAUCGUUAUUGAACCUUCAGCUUUAUUGGAUAUUCGUGCAAAACGUGUUCGUCAUGAUAGUUAUCAUAGAAUAAAUUCGGAUGAAAUUUAUCAAUCAUUUUUCCAAACACAUACAUGUUAUGAUUGUAUGCCAAAGAGUGGAAAAGUUCUAUUACUUGAUGCACGUUUAUCAAUACGUAAAGCUUUUUUUGCACUUGUAUUUAAUAAUGUUCGGGCAGCACUUGUAUGGCAUGCACCAACAUCGUCAAAUAUUGGUUUAAUUACUAUAAGUGAUUUUAUCAAUAUGCUUAUCGCUGCUUAUGAUUCUAAAUGGAGUAGUCUUGAUACUCUGGAAACAUCAUCAAUAUUAGAAUGGAAACAAAAUCUACAGAAAAAAAAUGAACCUGUAGAUGAACGUUUCGAUUCAAAUAUAAUUCAAUUGAGUCCACGAGACAGUUUAUAUACAGCUAUAUUGACAUCAACUCAACGUAAAGUACAUCGUAUACCUGUUAUUGAUCCUGUUACUCGUGAUUUUUUAUUUUUAAUCACAAACAAACGUAUAUUAAAGUUUUUAUAUUUAUUUAUAUAUGAUCUACCGCAACCUCAUUUUAUUCAUCAAACUUUGGAAGAACUCAAACUCGGCACUUUUGACAAGCUAAUAGUGAUUGAUCUACAAACAAAACUUAUUGAAGUUCUUCGUAUAUUUCAAAAUAUACGUAUCUCAGCAUUACCAGUUGUUGAUAGUGAUAAACGAUUAUGUCAUGUUUAUUCUAAAUUUGAUAUAAUGCAUUUAGCAGCUACACGUACUUAUGCAAAUCUUGAUGUUCCAUUGUGUGAUAUACUUGAUCUUAUACAUGAUCAUAAUACAUACCAAUUAGUUACUUGUAAAAUGACAGAUCAAUUAUUUGAACUAAUGGAUAAAUUUGUUACACGUGAGGUUCAUCGACUGAUUAUAGUAGAUGAUAAUCAACAUAUUAUCGGCAUUCUUUCUAUGUCUGAUCUCAUGAGAUUUCUUGUAUCAACAUUCGAAAAUUUUAGUCGUACUAGUUCAAAUGCAUCAACGUCUAAUUAUAAUGGACCUAUAUUUGAAAGUGAACCGAUGGAAACUUAA